AUGACUUGGAUUCUGAUCGCUGCUUUCAUAGUAGCCUUUCUUGUCUACCAACUCUCAGUUUCCACUUUGUUUAGCCCUCUUGCACGAAUUCCCGGCCCAAAGACUUUCGCCUUGACCAAGUUCAAAUUAGCCUAUGAGGACUACAAAGGAACUCGCACGCGAAAGAUCAAUGCUCUCCAUCACCAGUAUGGACCUGUCGUUCGUAUCGGCCCCAGUGAGGUGACCUUCAACAGCACAUCGGCCGUGCGUGCAAUCUACGGCGCUGGAAGUGGGUUUGAGCGAACUGGCUUCUACCACAUGUUUGAGGUUUACGGUCGAAAGAACAUGUUCUCGUUCGCGACCACGAAGCAGCAUGGAGAAAGGAAGAAGCUCUUUGCCCACGCCUACGCCAAAUCUGCGAUGCUCAAAGGACAGAAUGCACAAAUGGUCGAGCAGAAAGUCAAACUGUAUAUGGAUCUGUUGGAACGAGAUGGGGGGAAAAGCGAGAUCUUUUCUACCUUGCACUAUUUCUCCCUCGACACAAUCACCGAGUUUCUUUACGGAUCUUUCGGCAAGACUGCAUGUCUCGAGGGACAGAGACAAGAUUGCGCACUCAUUGGAGACAUCAUCGAUAUUGCCCGCCGCAAGCUAUCGUGGUAUGCAGUUCACUUCCCCCACUUCACGGAAUGGCUCUACUCCAGGACCGGAGUUACUGGCUGCAUUGCGAAACGGUUUUACCCGAUGCAGAUGCCAACGACGUACAGCGGUAUCAGACUUCACGCGCUGAAAGCCACUCAGAAAUAUGCCAGUGCUUCUGCCAGCGCGAAAGCGAGCACAUCGGCCCUGAUAUCCAGACUGUGGAGCCACCACCAUUCCCAAAAACCAAAUGGACUAGAUGAUCUUGAUAUUGCAUCGGAAUGUGCCGACCAUCUUUUGGCAGGCAUCGACACCACCAGCGACACACUGAUGUUUCUGAUUUGGGCUCUUUCUCGACCAGAAAACAGACAAUUCCAAGACAAACUCAUUGAGGAAGUCUGCAAUAUUACCGAAGACUCGCUCGAUUCGGAUGGCAUUCCCAAAGUCGAAAACAGCGACAAGCUUUCUUACCUCGAUGCAGUUAUCAAAGAGACACUACGCCUCUACGCACCUCUCCCCGGAUCAGAGCCACGCUCACUUCCCACGGCAACCACAAUUGAUGGCUACACGAUUCCACCUGGGACGGUGGUUUCUAUCUCCCCAUACGCGCUCCAUCGUAACCCUGACGUUUUCAAAAAUCCCAUGAAAUUCAAUCCCGACCGCUGGUUGGAUCCUUGUGAGAACUUGGCAGAAAUGAAGAAAUGGUUCUGGGCAUUCUCCAGCGGUGGAAGGAUGUGUAUUGGCAUGCAUCUGGCAAUGGCAGAAAUGACUACUUUGGUCGCAGCCAUAUACCGAAAAUACAGAACCACACCAAUGGGGGAUUUUGACACUGUCUCCCCUGGUAUCACAGGUCGCUAUGAGGUGUUCUACGAUGAUACUUGUAGUCGAAUGCGGGAACAUGAAUGUCAGAUUGAAUUCACGCCACAUUAA